GCCACGUAGGAGUAAUAACAAAUUGCCAGUCUGUAUUUAUUUCCCUAACGCAAACCAACUCAAAUUUAACUUUAACAAAAUGCAAACGGAUCCACAGAAAUACGAUGGCAAAGUGAAAGAGCAAGUGGAUAUGGAAUUUAAGGCCCGUCGCAACUAUCCCAGAAAAUGGUUAAAAUUUUACAAUGAAACUCCAUGGCAGGACAUGUACAAUCCGGACAAACUAAGCAAACAAAUAAAAGAGCAAAUGAAAACUAAAGACUUAAAUCCUUAUAAAUAUACCAGUGAAGGCGAUGGCCACUUUGUUUCACCGGGAAUGUACAAUUCCCUAUUGGCCAAAUGUCGUUGUGGAAGACCUCAUUCAGAUGUACAUUUGUUGAGAUGCCUACAAAAGGAGCAGAGUAAAUAUUUGGAAAAUGGUAAUACCCAAUUGGAGAAUGACAAAAAGGAACAUUUGGAAUUACCAAAGACAUCUAAUGCAUUUGUUGGCUGGCACACCAAACAACCGAUAUAUAAACAAUGGGAGGAAUCAAUAAAAUACAAGUCGCCAAUUUAUGAUAUGCCUGGAGAACGCAUAACUACUACACCCUAUAAUGCCAUAAUAAUCGGAUGAUUAUACCACUAAAUAUAAUUGAAGAUUUGAUAAAAAUGUAAAGGAAUUUGGAAUAAAUUGGAUUGAUUAAA